GAUCGCAAGUGUACACUUGGCUUGGAGUCCGAAAGCUGGUCUAAGGUUGGCUCGUCUGUGAUCACUCAAGCCGAGAAGAUCGGAUCCCGGCUGGGUUGCCUCAAGUCGCCAACGCACACUCAGCACCGCCGACGAGGCCGAGACCAAUCAUGGUCAAAGGCAAGCCGAAGUGACGAAGAAGAAGAGACGAACACUACGACGACGACGACGACAAAGAAGAAGAAGACGAUAAGGAAAAGGAAGAGCACGAAGCAGAAGAAGAAGAAGAAGAAGAAGAAGAAGAAGAAGGAGAGGAUGACACCAACCCUUCUGCUCUGCACAGAUAACGGACUUCCAGUUUUAUUCUAA